UGCUGGAACUUCUCCGAGGCAGGAUGAUAGAGGAUAGUCCCCUGAGCAGUAGACAGCUACUGUACAGCCAGCAUUCUCAUACGAUCAACACGGCCCAUAGCUUCACAGUCACGUCGUACAAUGUGCUAGCUGAGCACGCGCUGUAUCACGACAUCCACAUGUACGAGCAGACGCCCGUGAACCUACGACCGAUGAAUGCCAGACAUCCCCUCAUUCUCGCCGAGCUGCUGCUGCACAAUAGUGACAUUAUUUGUCUGCAAGAGGUGAGUCAGGAGUACUACACUACCCAACUCUUGCCAGACCUACAAAGGCAGGGAUACGCGGGUGUGUUUCACCGACGAGCAGAUGACCUGGGGCAGCCUAUAUGUUAUAAGCAGCAGCGGUUUGAGCUGGUUCAGGAGGAGACCCACGCCGUGAGGGAGCUGGCACGCGACAAGCUCUAUGAGACGGGUGUGCUACGGGAGGAUGACGAUGUGGAUGCGGAGGAGAGCAUCAUGCGGAAGCUGCAGCAUCCCUGUCUGCUCGUGCUCGCGAAGCUGCGCUGCAAGCUCACCGGCAGGCUGCUCACCGUCGCCAACGUUCACACGCUGUGGGGAGAACUCGGCUUUCCCGAGAUACAGGUCGUGCAGAUAGCGUUGUCGUUCCGCAAGAUGGUGGAAUACGCCGGCGGAGCAGACGCCACAUACAUCUGCUGCGGGGAUUUCAACUCGACGCCAUUCCUUCCCGGCUAUUACCUAGUGAAGCACGGGGGGCUCAACGACCACAUGCUAAACAUCUGCUCAGCGCCAGACUCCACUACAGCAAGAAACGCAGAGGCUUCUAAAAUAAUGGACAUAUUUGCUGGUGCUAUAUGUCACUCGGCAAAGGUGAAGAGUGCUUACGAGACAGUGCUGGGCCAGGAGCCGCGCAUCACCAAUUGGGCCCUGAUGGACUGGCCACUGUCCCCGGAACUGGGAAUAUUCGAGGAGUGCCUAGACUACAUCUGGUACAGCCAUGGUAAUCUACGAUCGUGUGCAGUGCUGCAAAUGCCAGAGCGUGAGGACAUCGCGAGACACUCUUGCAUUCCUAGUGUGAUCUUCCCAUCUGAUCACAUUUCCAUACAAGCAGUCAUGCAGUUCGUGGGAUUGCUGUAUUAUUGAAUCUAAUGAAUGCACAAUGGAAUUUGACAAGUACGUAUCUGAUAUUUCUAAUGUUUAAGAGUUUCAAUCAAUAUAUUUAAUUUCUUAUGAUUAUAUAAAUUUUCAUAUUAGCAUAUAAUAGUAUACUAGUAUAUAUAUAGUAUAAAUUUGAAUAUACCUCGAGUUUCCAAUAUUAUUUGUUUUAAUUGAAAUGAAGUAUCACAUAUAUAGAAUUAUGAUAUUUCCUUAAUCAUAAAUAAAAUUAUAAAGGAAAUCAUGAAAGGAAGGAAGCCUUAUGUAAUUUCUUUGUCAUUGGUCCUGAGAUAUUAUAGAGUAAGAGUGGCUGGUAGCCUUCCAGGGUAUAUAUCAAUGCAGCACAUAGAUAACGUACAUUUGCUAUUAUACCAGCUGCUAUUAUGUUUGACAUGGUCCAUAUUUUUUAAUUAACACGUGUGUGCGUGCAUGUGUGUGUGUGCGUAUGUACAAUAUAAUAAUUGUAGAUCUUUUACUUAAAAAAUACCACAAGUUUUAAAUUAAGAGAA